UAGCUCGUACGGUAGGAAACUUUCUUUCAUUACAUAAUAUUUUGACGAAAUAACCGGCGAAAAGGCCGGAAAAAGCCGCUGAAAUCGGCGUCGCGUUGAAAAGGACGUGGAUCGCGAUCGCGCGGGAUCGAUUUCCGGCGGAUUUCCAGGAGCGUAGAAUGGCGUUGAGAUCGAUUUGCCGGCUGUCAAUUGAUUCGACCUUCAGGCACUCGAGCCAUUUCGGAGCCACCGCCCGGCCGAGACGACCGUCCUUCGACACGCUCCUACGAAGCUUCGCUGCAGCAGCUAAGGACAUGGCACUGCCACGCGUUUUCUUCGACAUGACCGCGGACGACAAGCCCGUGGGUCGCAUCGUGAUGGAGUUGAGGAAGGAUAUUGUUCCUAAGACGGCAGAGAACUUUCGCGCUCUCUGCACCGGAGAAAAAGGUUUUGGCUACAAGGGUAGCAGUUUCCACAGGGUGAUUCCAAAUUUUAUGUGCCAAGGUGGCGAUUUCACCAACCAUAAUGGUACUGGUGGUAAAUCCAUCUACGGUGCCAGAUUCGAAGAUGAAAACUUUAAGCUUACUCAUACCGAGCCUGGUAUACUUUCUAUGGCGAAUGCUGGACCCAACACUAAUGGCAGUCAGUUCUUUAUCACUAGUGCCAAGACUAGUUGGCUUGACGGAAAACAUGUUGUGUUUGGAAAAGUUAUUGAAGGAAUGGAUGUUGUUAGAAAGUUGGAGGCCAUGGGUUCUCAAAGUGGCAAGACCUCCAAAAAGAUCAUAAUAGCGGACAGUGGAGAAUUGUAAAUCAACUAGAUACUAUAACGAAGGCAUUUUUAUUUAGCUGUUGCAUACAUAUUUACUCUCUUUAUUGCCCUACUUUAUCCAUUUUCAAUGAUCACAAUUCUCUCAUCGAUACUAAUUUCUUCGAUCGAGCACAGAUUGAAAGCUUGUUUAAUGUAGAAACAAAUGAAAUUGCCUGCAUUGUUUUUUUUUGUAUUAAUUUAAACAAGCUUAUUUUAAUUUCUACUAGAGGAUAGAAAAACUAUUUGCUGAUUUUUUUGAUGAAGCAUCUACCAAUUUCGAGAUCUUUUCUAUGCUUGUUGAUAUGAUUAAUAUAACCUAUGUAUUUUUACAAAAGAUUUGUUAUGCAGUGAUUUUUGCAAAAUCCAUAUUCUUCCACAAGUACACUCGCUUAAUAUCUUUGAGUGAUUUAGCAAAAGCACAUAAGCAAUGAGCUCAAAUGUUUCCAUACCAUCUUAUAUUUUAGUGAGUGUUAAGAAUAUGAAAAUCUUCAAUAAUAGAAUAGACAUUUCAAAUUUUGAAAUCAAUAAUUGAUGUAUUGAUUCCAGUGUUAACCAAUGUAUUUCUCCUUAGCGUUAUAUCAUUCUUUGACUUUGCAUACAUAUAUAAUACAUAUAGAUAUAUCACAAUUAGAAUUCUCAUUAUAUGUUUUUUAUAAAUGUAUACCAUUCCUCUAUCAAAUUAUAAAACAGAUAAUCCUAUUUGUUUAUCGUAAUGCAGGCAAUGCCUGAGAAAACGAUAUCAUCUUACUGUAAUACAACACCAACAAAUUAAAAAAUGUAGUUGCAACAGUCUGAAUAGUUCCGAUUUCUUAAAAAUAAAAUUGUUUUUAGAAAGAAAAA